AUGGUUUCCCUCUCACAAGUGCGCGCCUCAAACUUCUUGAUCUCUUCUACUUUGCCUGAAAAGAUCGUAGCAGUUUUUGUCGGAGGCACAAGCGGAAUUGGCGAAGCAACUGCCAAGUGCUUGGCCAAAUAUGCAAAGAAUCCUCGUAUCUACAUUGCCGGUCGUUCUCAAGAUUCAGGCAAUCGCGUCUUGGCGGAAUGCAAGCGUAUCAACCCUGCGGGACAAUACAUCUUCUGCAAAAGCGAUGUGAGCCUGAUUCGUGGAGCUGAUGAUCUUUGCAAUGAGAUCAAGAAGGAAGAAACUUUCAUCAAUAUGCUUGUACUGAGUCAAGGAGUAUAUGAUUUCAGCCGAAGUGUUACGUCCGAGGGCCUUCAUCUUCUCGCUGUUUUGAACUAUUAUUCUCGCAUCCGAAUCAUUCAAAACCUCAUACCACUUAUAGAGCAAGCCCCAUCUCUCCGACGAAUAGUCUCGGUAGGAGGAGGCGGCCAUGAAGGCAAUCUGGAUACAGCAGACUUUCAAGCACUGAACGUGCCAAAGGGAAAUCUCCGCGAGCAUCUAUCGACAUUGGCUACUCUUGGCUUACAAGCUGUGGCAAGGUCCUCUCCAGAGGUUAGCAUCGUGCAUGAUUACCCGGGCACGGUUAAAACAUCACUUCUUAAGGAUGUACCGGAAGAGAUGUUGAACACAAUGACAUUGGUGCCUUUAGAAGAGUCUGGCGAGAGGCACUUGUACUUGGCUACAAGUUCGAAAUAUUCGCCUCUGAAAACCACAUCUACGGCAAUCCCUUUGGGAGAUGGCGUUGAAGUGGCACUGGGACCAGGUGGACAAGCUGGAGGAGGUGUUUACUCUAUCCGAGAAGAUUGCGAAAAUGCCUCCUCCGAAGUGAUGCAGAAAAUAACAGACUUGAGAGCCAAUGGGGUUAUGGAAGAGGUUUGGUCCCAUACUCAGGAGGAGUUUGCGCGCAUCGAGAAAAGCUAUACCGUGUAA